AUGGCAGGUGUGACUCCCAAGCAAAAAGUGGUCGUGGUAGGCGCGGGGCCGGUGGGGUCCCUAGCGGCGUUAUAUGCGGCUUCCCGAGGCGACGAGGUCGAAGUAUACGAAUUGCGCGGAGAUCUCCGUGAUCCGACCACUGUACCUUUGAACUUCACCAAGUCGAUCAACCUUGCUCUUUCAGAGCGAGGAAUUCAUUCAAUCCAAGAAGCGCACCGAAGCGGACUGAUCGACAAUGUCCUCCGCGAGACGAUCCCGAUGUAUGGACGGAUGAUCCACGGCCGAGACAACGGUGCCCUGUGGGACGCCGCUCAGGCCUAUGACGUUCAUGGCCGGGCGAUCAACGCCGUCGACAGAGGCUCAUUAAACAAUGCCUUGCUGGACGAAUUAGAGCGUACACCAAAUGUCAAGCUCUUCUUCAAUCAUAAGCUAACGGGUGCCGACUUCCGUACAAACAAGGCCUGGUUCGAACGCCGUAUUCCAGGUGACACACCCCAAGCCGACGAUGAAGGUAUCGCAGGCAGAGUUCCCGAGAUCGAGGUCUCAUUCGACUACCUUCUUGGCGCAGAUGGUGCACACUCCGCCAGUCGAUUCCACAUGAUGAAGUUCGCUCGCGUCGACUACCAACAGGAAUACAUUGAUACCCUAUGGUGCGAAUUCCGCAUUCCACCUACAAAAGAAGGCAACUUCGCCAUCUCACCUAACCACCUACACAUCUGGCCCGGCCGCGAAUUCAUGUUCAUAGCCAUUCCUUCCUUCGACAAAUCAUUUACAUGCACCCUCUUCGCCCCAGCAGCACACUACGCUACCCUCGAAAACUCCCAACAGGCUCUCCAGAAGUCCUUCGAUGAGCACUUCCCCGGUGUUUGCCCCGAGUUGAUUGACCCAGAGGCCCUGGCAGAGCAAUUCGCCAUCAACCCACAUUUACCUCUCAUCAGUAUCAAAUGCAAGCCGCACCACCACAGCUCCAGCGUUGUCAUUAUCGGAGACGCGGCACACGCAGUCCUCCCAUUUUAUGGACAGGGCUUGAAUGCAGGAUUAGAAGAUGUCCGUGUUCUUUUUGAGAAGCUGGAUGAGCAUGGUGUGUACGAUCCCGAGACAAGCGUUUACACUCGUAGUGUACGCCGCCAAGCCGCAUUCCAAGCAUACACCAACCAACGCUGCGACGACACACAUGCUAUCAAUGAUCUAUCGAAGCAGAAUUACGUCGAAAUGCGAUGGGGCGUCAAAUCGCCGCUGUACAAGUUACGCAAGGCCAUUGAAGAGACUAUCGACCAGCGUCUACCUUUCUUGGGAUGGAAGACUCAAUAUGCACGUAUCAGCUUUAGUAACCAACGAUACUCGGAUGUUAUUCGUGCUGUCCAGGACCAGAGCCAAAUGCUAGGGCUGGGUCUUAGCUCGGCUUUGGUCAUUGGUGUCGGGGCUUUGUCGAUUUUGCUCUGGAAGUACCCACGGCAUGCUUCGCCUUCGGGAUUUUUUCAAUGUGGGUUGAAACAGUUGGCAAAGGUGUGGAGAGGCAUUGCGCAUAGGUGA